GCGCACGGCGGCGGCGGCGGCAGCGCGGGCCGUCACUCGGGCCGGCAUGGCGGUCUGCGCUCGGCUCUGCGGGGUGGGCCCGUCGCGGGGAUGCCGGCGCCGCCAGCAGCGCCAGGGCCCGGCCGAGACCGCGGCGGCCGACAGCGAGCCGGACACCGACCCCGAGGAGGAGCGCAUCGAGGCGGGCGCGGCGGCGCUGUCCGGGGCUGGCGUCGGCCGGAGCGCGGGCCCCUCGCCGCCCCCGCGCUGCUCGCUGCUGGAGCUGCCGCCCGAGCUGCUGGUGGAGAUCUUCGCCUCGCUGCCCGGCACCGACCUGCCCAGCCUGGCCCAGGUCUGCACCAAGUUCCGGCACAUUCUGCACACCGACACCAUCUGGAGACGGCGCUGCCGGGAGGUGCUUCACCGGUACAGACACAUUCUGGGGCUGUGGCAGCCAGACAUCGGGCCGUACGGAGGGCUGCUGAAUGUGGUGGUGGACGGCUUGUUCAUAAUUGGCUGGAUGUACAUGCCUCCUCACGAUCCUCACGUGGAUGACCCCAUGCGCUUCAAACCCUUAUUCAGAAUCCACCUGAUGGAGAGGAGGUCCGCCACGGUGGAGUGCAUGUACGGCCACAGAGGGCCACACAACGGCCACAUCCAGAUUGUGAAGAUGGAUGAGUUCUCCACCAAGUGCAACCAGACGGACCACCACAGGAUGCCCGGCGGGAGGCAGGAGGUCUCGUGGCUGCUCCCCCUGCCAAUCCCCAUUGCUGGGCAAGUUGGGGGACAGGAUUCAUGGUUCACAGUCAGAGGUGUCUUCACUUGCCAGCCGAGGCUUCAGACCAGUGAGGAGCUCUGGGCUCCAGCGGGAGGACAAGGCGAGUUCCGGACAUGGCUCAGGGAGGAGUGGGGCCGGACGCUGGAGGAUAUUUUCCACGAGCACAUGCAGGAACUCAUCCUGAUGAAGUUCAUUUACACCAGUCAGUAUGACAACUGCCUGACCUACCGCCGCAUCUACCUCCCGCCCGGCCACCCAGACGACCUCAUCAGACCCGGUCUCUUCAAGGGCACCUACGGCAGCCAUGGCCUGGAAAUAGUCAUGCUCAGCUUCCAUGGGAAGCGUGCCAGGGGCACAAAGAUAACGGGUGACCCCAACAUCCCCGCCGGGCAGCAGACAGUGGAGAUCGACCUCAUGCACCGCAUCCAGCUGCCCGACGUCGAGAACCUCCGCGACUUCAACGAGCUCUCCCGCCUCGUCCUGGAAGUCCGCGAGCAGGUGCGGCAGGAGCAGGAGGAAGCCAGGCCAGACGGCGGCGAGGGCCGCGGCCAUCAGAGCCCCCGAGAGCCCCAGGGCCCCGCACCUCCCAGUGCAGAGCCACCCACCGAGAAGGGCAGGGGGCCGGGGGAAGGAGCGGUGGUGGCGGUGGCUGAGCAGCCUGCCCAGUCCGGGCAGGGGCAGCAGUUUGUGCUGCCCAUGGGUGUGAGCUGCAGGAACGAGGACUACCCCCGGACCUGCAGGAUGUGUUUUUACGGCACUGGCCUCAUCGCCGGCCACGGCUUCACCAGCCCUGAGCGCACCCCUGGGGUCUUCGUCCUGUUCGACGAGGACCGCUUCGGGUUCAUCUGGCUGGAGCUGAAAUCCUUCAGUCUGUACAGCAGGGUCCAGGCUGCCUUCCGGAACGCGGAGGCCCCGUCCCCGCAGGCCUUCGAGGACAUGCUGAAGAACAUUCAGUCCCUGACCGCCUGAUGGCCCACGCCCUGGGCACAGGGCGGCUCCCCGGGCUGUGGGCCCGGCGCCCUGGGGACGGAGCAGCAUGUCCUUCAGCGAUACGGCCUCUGGCCAGGACACCUGCCCUCCUGUCGGGGGCUCGGCCAGCUGCCCGGCACUUGCUAUGGAGCGUCAGUGUGUGUCUGUGUGUCUGUCAGGAGCUGACGGGAAGCAGACUGAGCGAGAGAGAGAGAGAGCCAGUCUGACCUGGUCUGGAUGCCCGUCAUGGGGCAUGAAUGACAGUUGUAGAGACUGGGUUUGUCCUUGGCCUGGUGGGGACAACAAAACCCUCCUUCAGGGAAGCUGGUGAUACAACAGUGGGUCUGUCCCUCUGGCCUGAUAAGGGGUGGUGUGUGUGGUGUGCCAGCCCCACUGCCUGCUCUGGGGGGGCAUCGGGGGCUGGGCACAGGGCUGUGGGAAGCUGAGUGUGUCCCUGCAGCCCAGGCAGGUUAGGGGGGCAGUGUGUGUGCAGGGGGAGCUCUGGGAGGUCGGGGGUCGCCUUGGGACUCUGCAUUGAGUUCCUGUUUCUCUACUGACUUGGAGUUUUGACAGCAUUUCAUCCUGACCUCAGUUUCAGCUUCAGUGAAAUGGGUCAGCAAUACGGAUCACCAGAGAUCGCCACUGCAGGCCUUCCAGCAGCCUGGAGGCUGUGUGGACACAGCCCUCUGUGCCUGCCCUGGCCUGUCCAGCUUCGGAAUCAAGACCAUUGCUGCGGUCAGUUCCAGACGUGGUGUUCAUCUUGCACACACCCUCCUUUGCCGUUCCUUGCACACAUCUGGUGUCAAAACCCUGAGCUGUAGCUACUUGUCACAGAACUUGUCCCAAAGCAGGACAGACCACUCCAAGAUGGCUCUGCGUGGGCUCCGUUCACGUAGUUUACACAGGCGCUGUUCCUGGAAGCGUGAAAACACUUGUAGUGGUUGCACGAAACGACUGUGAAGCCCCUUUGCCGAGAGAGGGCAGCUUUCUAGGACGUCGGCCCCCACGCAUGGCGUGCGCUUUGGAGACCAGGGCCUCUCAGGGACCCUCCGGCAUGGAGACCCCCAGCGCUGACCCUUCCACUGGCGCUGUGCUGACCUUGGCAUUUGGGGGCCCCUAUAAGCUCUCUGCUUAUCUUAGUGUCACCUGAAGAACAGAGCCCCAAAUGCACGCAGACCCCCCGAGGCAGCAACCGGGCUGCAGCCUGCAGAGCCCUCCGCGCACGCACCUUCUGUGGUGCAGGGCAGACCUCGUCGCCCUCUCUGCUGCUCGCCCUUGUCGGUGGGCUGUGCUGAGCCCUCAUGGCGGGGGCGAGGGGCCCAGGGGAGGGUGUCGCCUGUGGUGCCUUCGUGGAGAGACUAACCUGAGAUGUCCUGUGAGACAUGCCCUGUUUUCCUGAUCAAUUUCCCUGACUGGCCUUUUUGUAAAAUUAAAGAUUCCCAUGUCCUGGCUUCGGUA